GGCUUGGACCUGUUCUUUACAUUCAUGAUUUCAUUGUCUGCUCCACUUCCAUCCAAAUCAAAGUACAUUUUUUAUUUACUUUCUCCCAGGAAGAUUUUCAGUGGUGACAGAGGCAAAGCCAUAGCCACGUACAAUAUGAAGAACCCACGGUUCUUCUACCUUUCUCGUUUCACUCUCUUCUUCUUCUUCUUCUUCUUCUUAUCUUUCUGCGCCCAUCAUUCCCUUGCAGCUCUCACCACAAUCUCUACAAACCAAUCUCUCACCGGAGACCAAACCCUCGUCUCUGAAGGUAACAUCUUCGAACUGGGUUUCUUCAAGCCAGGUAACUCCUCUAACUACUACAUAGGCAUGUGGUACAAAAAAGUCACCGAAGUAACAAUUGUUUGGGUGGCAAAUAGAGACAACCCUGUCUCUGAUAAGAACACUGCCACGUUAACAAUAUCUCGCGGUAACUUAGUUCUCUUAGACGAGUCUUCAAAUCAAGUUUGGUCAACAAAUAUGAGUUCUCAAGGGUCAGAUUCUGUUGUAGCUGUUCUCCUAGAUUCUGGUAAUCUCGUACUAAGAGACAGGCCUAAUGCUUCAGAUUCUCUGUGGCAGAGUUUUGAUCACCCAACUAACACGUGGCUUCCGGGUGGCAAAAUUAAACUUGAUAACAAAACGAAGCAGCCUCAGUACCUCACUUCGUGGAAGAAUAUGGAAGAUCCUGCAACGGGUCUCUUCUCUCUGGAACUUGACCCCAAAGGAAGCACUUCUUAUUUGAUUCUUUGGAACAAGUCUGAAAAAUAUUGGACUAGUGGAGCUUGGAAUGGACACAUUUUCAGUUUGGUUCCAGAGAUGAGAGCGAAUUAUAUAUAUAAUUUCACUUUUGAGUCGAAUGAGAACGAGAGUUACUUCACCUACUCCAUGUAUAAUGCUUCUAUUAUAUCUCGGUUUGUGAUGGAUGUUUCGGGCCAGAUCAAGCAACUAUCUUGGUUGGAGAGUACUCAGCAGUGGAACUUGUUUUGGUCACAGCCGAGACAACAGUGUGAGGUCUAUGCUUUUUGCGGUGCGUUUGGGAGCUGCACGGAAAAUUCUAUGCCUUAUUGUAGUUGUUUGACUGGUUUUGAGCCUAAAUCAGUGUCUGAUUGGAAUUUGGGGGAUCAAUCAGGGGGGUGUCAGAGGAAAACAGAGUUGCAAUGCAAGAGUUUGAGUCCCUCUAAUGGGGAUAAGGACAGGUUCCUUGCAAUGCCCAACAUGGAGUUACCUAAUCAUGCACAAUCUUUGGGGUUAGGGGAAGUAGGGGAAUGUGAAUCAACUUGUUUGAAGAAUUGUUCUUGCACAGGUUAUGCAUAUGACAGUAAUGGGUGUUCAAUUUGGAUUGGUGAUCUGUUGAAUUUGCAACAACUGUCUUCAGAUGAUAGUAGUGGCGAAACUUUGUAUCUCAAGCUUGCAGCAUCUGAGUUUCAUGAUGGUAAAAACAGUAACGGAACGAUAAUUGGUGUGGGUGUGGGUGUGGGUCUUGGCAUUGGGUUGGUCUUGGCCCUUCUUGUGUUUUUCAUGAUUAGGCGAAGAAAAAGAAUGGUUGGUGCAGGGAAGCCUGUGGAGGGUUCCUUGGUGGCAUUUGGGUACAGAGAUUUGCAAAAUGCAACCAAGAAUUUCUCUGAGAAAUUGGGUGGAGGAGGGUUUGGUUCUGUUUUCAGAGGAACAUUGGGUGAUUCCAGUGUUGUAGCAGUGAAGAAGUUGGAAAGUAUUAGCCAAGGAGAGAAGCAGUUCCGAACAGAAGUUAGCACAAUAGGGACAAUACAACAUGUUAAUCUUGUUAGGCUCCGUGGGUUCUGCUCUGAAGGUGCCCAAAGGCUUUUGGUUUAUGAUUACAUGCCAAAUAGCUCCUUGGAUUUCCACUUGUUCCGGAACAAGAACUCUAAGGUUUUGGACUGGAAAAUGAGGUACCAAAUUGCUUUGGGAACAGCAAGGGGAUUAAACUACCUCCAUGAGAAGUGUAGAGACUGCAUUAUACACUGUGAUGUGAAGCCAGAAAACAUUCUCCUUGAUGCUGAAUUUUGUCCCAAGGUUGCAGACUUUGGCCUGGCCAAGCUGGUUGGAAGGGAUUUCAGCAGGGUCCUCACAACCAUGAGAGGAACAAGAGGGUAUCUUGCUCCAGAGUGGAUUUCUGGGGUGGCUAUUACAGCCAAAGCUGAUGUGUACAGCUACGGAAUGAUGCUUUUUGAGUUUGUGUCAGGUAGAAGGAACUCCGAGCCAUCUGAAGAUGGCAGAGUAACAUUUUUUCCUACCUUGGCUGCGAACAUAGUUGUCCAAGGUGGCAGUGUUCUUGGCCUUUUGGACCCUUGUUUGGAGGGAAAUGCUGUCGUUGAGGAGGUGACGAGAGUAAUAAAAGUUGCUUCAUGGUGUGUCCAAGACAAUGAAACUCACAGACCAACCAUGGGUCAGGUAGUUCAAAUUCUUGAGGGGAUCUUGGAAGUGAAUUUGCCUCCAUUUCCAAAAUCACUUCAAGUGUUUGUUGACAACCAGCAGGAGAACUUGGUUUUCUACACCGACUCAAACUCCACCCAAAGUUCACAUGCAAAGAGCAACGUCUCAAUCACCUCUUCUCAAGCCAAAAGUAACAUCUCAUCAAGUUCCAAGUCCUCAGGGGUAGAAAGUUAGGAGAACAAGCACCUGACUCUUUUGUUAUAGUUGUUAUAGAAAAUAUGGCAUCUUUUGAGUUUUUAAACGAAUUUAAUUGUAAUAUAUGGUUUGAACCGUGAGAUUUUCUUUCCAUGCUGAUCCUAUAUUCAAUAAAAAUAAUGUUACCUUAUGUAGCUUUGACA